AUGAGACUUGCUGUCCUUGUCUUCCCAGGCUGCGGUGGCAUUGUGAAGCCAGCCCAGCCCAGUGGCCCUGAGGGAGUGCCCCACUAUGCAGAGGCUGACAUCGUGAACCUCCAGGGAGUGACAGGAGGCAACACAUACUCAGUGCCUGCUGUCACCAUGGACCUUCUCUCUGGGAAAGACGUGGCUGUGGAAGAGUUCCCCAGGAAACUCUUAACUUUCAAGGAGAAGCUGGGAGAAGGCCAGUUUGGGGAGGUUCAUCUCUGUGAAGUGGAGGGAAUGGAAAAAUUCAAAGACAAAGAUUUUGCCCUAGAUGUCAGUGCCAACCAGCCUGUCCUGGUGGCUGUGAAAAUGCUCCGAGCAGAUGCGAACAAGAAUGCCAGGAAUGAUUUUCUUAAGGAGAUAAAGAUCAUGUCCCGGCUCAAGGACCCAAACAUCAUCCGUCUCUUAGCUGUGUGUAUCACUGAAGACCCUCUCUGCAUGAUCACUGAGUACAUGGAGAAUGGAGAUCUCAAUCAGUUUCUUUCCCGCCAUGAACCCCCCAGUUCUUCCUCUAGCAAUGUACCCACUGUCAGUUAUACCAACCUGAAGUUUAUGGCUACCCAGAUUGCCUCUGGCAUGAAGUAUCUUUCUUCUCUUAAUUUUGUCCACCGAGAUCUGGCCACACGAAACUGCUUAGUGGGUAAGAACUACACCAUCAAGAUAGCUGACUUUGGAAUGAGCAGAAACCUGUACAGUGGUGACUAUUACCGGAUCCAGGGCCGGGCAGUGCUCCCUAUCCGCUGGAUGUCUUGGGAGAGCAUCUUGCUGGGCAAGUUCACUACAGCAAGCGAUGUGUGGGCCUUCGGGGUUACUCUGUGGGAGACAUUCACCUUUUGCCAGGAGCAGCCCUAUUCCCAGCUGUCAGAUGAACAGGUUAUCGAGAAUACUGGAGAGUUCUUCCGAGACCAAGGGAGGCAGACUUACCUCCCUCAACCGGCCAUUUGCCCUGACUCUGUGUAUAAGCUGAUGCUCAGCUGCUGGAGAAGAGACACCAAGCACCGUCCCUCGUUCCAAGAAAUUCACCUUCUUCUCCUUCAACAAGGGGACGAAUGAUGCCAUCAAUGCCCGGCCACAUUCUGACGGCCCAGGUCCUUCCAACAAGACCUACCACUCACCCACGCCUAAGCCACUCCAUCUGGACAUUUAAUGAACCUGAGAGACAAAGGCUUUUUUACUUUGUUCUCUUUCUCUCUGUCCCUCACCUUCCCAGUCCACUCCCUACUCCCGACUCACAUAUAUUUUCUUUUUUUACAUUAAAGAACUGAAAAAGAAAAAAAAAAGCCUAGGGCAGAGAAAAUCUAGUAAAAGAAAUCUUACUCAAUAUGCCAAAGUGUUGGAUAACAAAGGCUAGAAAAUUCAGAUAAUUUAUAAAGGUUAAAUAUGGUUGUGUUUAUAAAUGUGCAGAUUCUACAAUAUUUUUUGUAUGUCACUUUAAAAACAUCUUCAGAAAGAAGAACUUGAAUACUGAUGUCUUGGAAAACAUGAGAUUAGGUUUAGGGAAAACACUUGAAAGAUGUGGAGAAUUUGAGGACUCAGUAAUCACAGACGAUUGCCUUAUUUGGCCACUGGACAUGUCUCACUCUAUAUUUCCCUCUUCUGUCAAAGUGAAUGAUAUAUUCUCGAAAAACCCCA